UCCCUCCCCUUUCUGUCUUAUCACAUUGCCCCUGUCACUAUCUGCCCCUCACAAACAUGGCGGGUACCCCCUCAAUGGCUCGAUGACCUCUCGCGGAGCGUGAUGACGGAGGGCGGUACGCGUGAUGUAUCGCGGCCUCCGGUCACUGCCGCCUUGAGGAGUCUCCACCGAACGGGGAGGCCGCGCGCCGUUACCAGGAUGGAAGACCGGAAGCCAUCGCGUCACCGAGCGUCCGAGGAUGUGAGACGGCAGAAACGCAAGGAGCUCGAUGCCAGGAGGAGCAAAUCCCGCAUCCGGCUGGGAACUCACCUGGAGCAGUGGUGCCACAUGAAGGACCAGCUGGGAUUUCACUUACAUUCCGACUUCGCCAAGUUCCUGCUGGACAGUUAUGCAUCCAAAUCCUUGGUGAGUGGUUCAGGAGCCGAUGUCGCGGGUGACGACUCGAAAGUGCUGCGGACCUCGAGCGACGCUCUGCGCCAACUCGUCGUCUGGUCACACGACCACAGCCGGGAGUGCGGCUUCAUCCCCGACCUGAAGUCAGUGGUGCUGGAGCGGUCGGGCAGCUCCCUGAGAGCGGUUUGGGAGUGCAUUGCUGGGCACUCCUACCCAUGGCUGCUGCUGGCCCCCCCAGACCGCGGCUGCCCCGGCGCCAGGACCAGGAGCCGGAGCCGAAACUGUGAGCGGGGGGCUGCCAUUGCCCUGGGCCGCGGGGGAGGGCCGGUGGCCCCGGCGGACCCCGGGCCACCCCCAGAGAGGACAGUGAAGGUGGAGGGUGCGCCGCCGCCGCUUCCCCGCCCCGCCUGGGAAGCGGGUGGAGAGAGCGAGCCAUGCAGAAGUGAACUGGCGGCUCACGGGCCCAAGGACGGAGCGGCGGGUCAGGCCGAAGGCCCUGGCCCAGUGCCGGAGAGAGCCGGCGGCCGACGGACGAGGGGAAAGGUUUCAGUGUGCGGCCGGUCAACCCCGGAGGAGUCGGUGAUGCUGAGCGAGUUGGAGCCGAACCGAAAGCACUGCACCCGCAGGAAAAGCGCCGAGCCGGGCCCAGCAGGUGGCCUGGACACCCUGCAGCUCGUCUGCGAGUCCGACUCGGCUACAGAUGACGAACCACGCCCAGGGCCCGAAACAGCACCGCCCUUACCGGUUUCUGAUGCCCCGACGGCCGGCACUCCGGGCAGGAAUGACGGAGAACUGGAAAUUCGGGAUGAGAGUGACGAGGCAGCCACGGGCAGGACUGAGGAAUCCACAGACGAUGAUCUGAGCUACGCUGAUGACCUGAAGGAUCAGAAUUACAGCCCUUCGUCAGACAGUUCUGAGAGGACCAAGAGAAAGCUUCAGCCUCGGUUACGAGGGAGACCAUCGAAAGAGUCCCCGAACAACGGCAAAGCCCCACUACCUGUGGAAAAACCGAGAAAGGGCAGGCGAGUUCGUAAUGAUCAGAGUGAGGAACCACAGAUCCCCAUGAGGAAGAUCAGGAAGAAAGCUCCGAUGGAGAUCCUUCGGUGUGAGUUUGAAGGCUGUGGGAAGGUUGUCUCCAAUCGGCAGUACCUGAAGGUAGGCAGCCCAGCUGAUCUGGCGCAGUGCCGCCAGCCCCAGCCCCUUCGCACAGGAAUUACCGAGCUGCAGGAGGCCAGCGAGCUCCUCCAACAGUGUCCACAAUGCGGCUUCGUCGGGGCUGACGAGAUUUCUCCCCUGUUGAAACCUGAUGCCAUCAUGAGGGAUAUUAUUAGACUGGAGAGGGAUUCAGAAGGAAUUUACCAGGGUGUUGCUGGGUAUGGAGGGUUUGAGUUAGAGGAUAGGCCGGGAUGUUUUUCACUGGGGUACAAGCGGGAUUAUAUCUGUGAGUUCUGUGCCCGACAGUUUCGAACGACCAGUAACCUCAUCAUCCAUCGGAGAAUCCACACAGGGGAGAAACCACUUCAGUGUGAAAUCUGUGGCUUUACCUGCCGGCAGAAAGCCUCGUUGAACUGGCACAUGAAGAAACACGACGCCGAGGCCGGAUACCAGUUCUCCUGUGACAUCUGCGGCAAGAAGUUUGAAAAGAAGGACAACGUGUCUGCCCACAAGCGCAAGAGCCACCCGGAGACGCCAGCAGCGACAGUAACCUCGGACUGUCCGUCUGAGCCCAGCAGGGACUGGGACCGGCUGGAGCCCAAAGCAGAGCCCAGCUCCCACGCAACGUGCCCAUAGGAACUGGACUGGCAUUGGCAGAGGUUCCGAGACCACCACCAUGACUCGCUCAUUGUUCCCCACCCCCACACCAAGAUUGGACUGCCCCCCGCCAUCAUCGUCAUCCUGCAUUGAUGCAGCCAAUCAUCCCCGGAGCCCACAACCACCUGGCAACACUGUGCCGCUGACAUUCGGGUUGUGAGGGGUGAAGGGCAGGAAUAGCCCAGUAACCCUGAGGUUUGGUCAAAGGGGCAGGUGCAGAUUCGGGUUGUUUUGAAGCGAGCCCUCACCAGGGAAAAAGGGUGGAAGUGCUUCACACUCUCUCUUUCACGCACAUGCCCAUAGACUUGCACUCCUGCCACACGCACACACAGACACACGCACACACACACACACACGCACACACACAUACACGUGCACGCGCACACAUGCGUGCACACACAGAUGCGUGCACACAUACACACGCACGCAACGUGUGCACGCACACACACGACUCGAUACUCUCUCGACAUCACGUGCAAAGUCUCAGACACACGUACGUGUGUGUGCGCAAGGGGACACACGUGCACACGCACAUGCACGCACACAGACGCACAGGUUGGGAUGGGAGACUCCCUGAAGCUGAGCCCUGCAUCUGGAAGCUGUGCUUUCCAGCUCGGAGUUGUGGUUCGCUCGGGCUAAUGCUGCACUGUUUAAUCUCACCACAUUGACCUGUAGGAGUGGCAGGCUGCUGCAGUGAACUGUUAAUAGAUUGUCAAAAGAAGUGUUCCU